AGCCUUGGAAGUGAUAUUCGUGAUCACCGCGAAAUUCUCUAUCGAAUGGUGUAUGAAGUGUCGAAAAAUAAAUUUCACUGCAAGGCUGCCCUGGGUGCAUCUUACUGUAGUGAGAUGCGUAGGACUGUUCAUAUAGAAAGGUAUGAUGUUUAUUUCUUCCAACGUAAAGGAGCAAAUAUUAUCGGAUUGAAUCUACCAGAUAGACGUAAAACCAACACAAGUUCACUUUUUUAUCGCAUGUCGCAACGUGAGUCCUCUUUAAAAAUUUGCGGCAGGAUCGCGUUCGCUGUAAGACUCGCGAAUUUUAGCUACUAUAUUAGUCAUGUCAUAAGCUAUUAUUAAAAUGUGAAGUUUUAAAUUUAAAGUAUAAUAUGAGAAUAGAAAUAUAGAGUGAAAGAAUUUCGGAAAAAACUAAAAUACCAAAUAAUAGCGAAAGAAGAAGAGGAAAAAGCCAUAAUAACACAUUAGAAUGCCGCAUUCUAAUGUGUUAUUAUGGUUUCUUCUUUCGUUAUUGUUUGAUAUUUUAGAUUUUUCCAAAAUUCUUCUUUCGCUCUGCAUGUAUUUUUAUAUAUAUAUACUGCUUCUUUUCCUUUUGUCAUUCACUCCUGAAAAUGAUCUAAGUUGUGAUCGAAACCUCGAGUGUUUAAAUAAAUUCAGAAGAAUUUUUUAUUAUGAUUUUCAUAGCCGUAUUAUAAUUUAUAUUUAAAACUUUAUUUCCAACUGCUCAUUCAAAUAAUUUUUUCAAAAUGUAACAAGAUAUUAAAAUUUUUCGAAAAAUUGGUAAGAGUUAUAAAGCAGAUGCGUACGCAAAACAAAACGGUGAAUAGGAUUUACAUAGGAGACGCUGUAUCAUGUCGCGAUUUUAAGAGAAAAAUGUGAUCGCGAUGUGACAACUUUUUCUUACAGUAAUCGUGCUUGGAUCGCGAUCGCUAUUGGCGUUUUACGAUCGCGGAUUAAAAAUUUUCGUGAUACUUCAUCGCGAUUACGAAUUAUUACGAUUACGCAAGUGUUACGCCAUUGCAGAGCGAGGACCGUGUUCGCAACGUGAAUGCAGCAAAGAAGGUGGACUCGUGUCACGUCCCAAGCAUAAAAAAGUGUAGUAUCGGUCGAUUCAUCUAGAUUACUUGGUUUUUCACUCGAUCACAACUGUUGGGUAAUGACAGUGGAAAUAUAGUGAUCGGUCGGUUGCUAGAUAUCAUCUACUUAGUUGCAACUAUCGAUUUAUCGCCCGAUAAUCGAUCAACUUAACUAUUGUUAGUUGUACGUGCAGACACAUCUAGUUAAUAGUUCCUUUUCUAACUAGUAAUCUAGAUUGCAAUAGUGUUUCUCCCGAUUACAGACGAAAUGUAUCUACAUUUUUCUCAUGGGUGAUGUUUCCUAGGGAUGGAAAUCUGUAUGUGCACAUCGCUAGUUUUAAGAAAGUUUGAAAGAAAAGAGAUGUCCGCGCCCACUAGAGUUAUGGCGCAAUGCAUCAGAGUAUAAAGAUUACUUCCUUAAGAUGGGUCUGUGGUAAGAAAUAUUAAAAAAAAGCAUUUGCUUCCAAAUAUUUGUAAAAAAACAAUCUUUCUGAGAAGUAACUUUUUAUUCAGUUUUAAACUUUUAUCUAAUCCUCCCAGGUCAAAAAAUCAGAUCAAAAUCUUACGGAAAAUCAUAAGAACGGAUUCAUGUUAUAUAAUCUUAUAAAAGUCAUACAAGAAUCUUACGAAAUCUGAUGAAAUCUCACUAUAAGAUCUUAAAUCAAGAAUCAGUUUUUAUGUUUCUUAUAGAAUCUUACAAAUUCUUAUAUGAAUCUUGCAGAAUUUUACAAGAAUCUUAUAAGAUCUUACAGCCAGAUUCUUUGACCUGGGUAGGACAUAAACGUCCAUAGGAUCGUGUUUAACCACGAUCUUGUCACGUUUUAUGAGCUGAUCAUGUAAGUUCUUAUGGCAAGAAGUUGAGUUAAGAUUCCGCAGGAUCUUACAAGAUCUUGUAAGAAAACGGCAGAUCUUGUAUUACCAUUUAAGACUGAGUUUCACCUGGAGAAAUUCUGAAGAAAUUUCUCUUUAUUUUCAAUAUUUUAAUUUUUUCUUUUAAAAUAGCGACUGAUUGUCUAGUUUCUCUGAUAAUUCUUUUAACAAACAAACAUAUGAUAUGAUAAACCGUUGUGUUUAUCAAGAUGGUCACCUAUCGAACAAUGUUAGAUGAAGGGUGAUGAUACCUCUAAGGGUAUGAGAUAAUGACAUGUCAGAAUAUAACUGUUUUUGUAGUAUAGACUGCAGAAAUGUUUUUGUACCAUCACAUACCUUGAUGUAGCAAUUGCACAUAAAACAAAUAGCCACCGUUGGUGAAGAGCAAGACAACAUUCUAGAUCAGUUUUUUUCUUAAGAGCUCAACUAGAGGUUGGCAACUUUCAGAACUGACGUUUACAACUACUCCUUGGAUAUUUAUCGUUUGUACCACUAUAUGUCUAUAAUUGAUAUGUAUUUUGUUUUUUGCAGAUUUUCAUAUUUUUUGUUGUAAUUAUCUGUUAAGUGGUUCUAUAAUGAAGAACAAAGCAAUUGUAUUGAAUAAUCAAUCAUCAGUCGAUGGAAUAACAACGACUCCAUCAUCACCUGUAACCGAUGACCAUCAUCCACCAAAUGAAGAAACAAUUAUAUCACCCGAUUCCACACCAGUAAUUCGUAUUAGCGUUGAGCACAGUCGUCAACCUUCUCUCACUCAAUCAUUAGAUCACGAUGCCAUUGAAUCCUUAGAAUUAGUUUUAAAUAGUGUUGUCAAAGUCUUUUGUACAUCCACACCGUGUAAUUUUUACCUACCUUGGCAAAUGAAACAUCAAAAAACAAAAACAGCAUCUGGUUUUAUCAUUAAAAACAAGUGGAUUCUUUCAAAUGCUCAUGCCGUGACAAAUGCAUCUAGUAUUCGUAUUCGAAAACAUGGUGAUGCUACCAAAUAUUCUGCUCGUAUAUUGUAUAUUGCCCAUGAAUGUGAUCUUGUCAUAAUGACAGUAGAUGAACAAAAAUUUUGGUUAGGUUUAGAACCAUUAACAUUUUGUAGUGAUAUUCCACGAUUACAAGAAUCAGUAACGGUUGUUGGGUUCCCAAUUGGUGGUGAUAAUUUAUCUGUAACAAAAGGCAUUGUAUCAAGAGUUGUAAUGUCAACAUAUUCACAUUCAAAAGAAACAUUAUUAUCUGUUCAAAUUGAUGCAGCCAUAAAUCCGGGAAAUAGUGGUGGCCCAGCUAUACAAGGAAAACAUGUUGUUGGUAUGGCAUUUCAGGGUCAAGCACAAGCUCAAUCAAUUGGUUUUAUUAUACCUGUAUGUGUUAUUAAACAUGUUUUAGAUGAUAUUGAAUUGCAUGGCUGUUAUACUGCCUUUCCAUGUAUGUCGUUUAAUUGGCAAAAAUUAGAAAAUGAAUCACUUCGUGAAUAUUUAAAAAUUCCUAAUGAUAAACAUGGCAUAUUAAUGACAUCAAUAGAUCCCGCUUGUAUUCUUAGUCAAGUACUAAAAAAAUAUGAUGUUAUAACAGCUUUAGACGGUGUACCAAUUGCAGACGAUGGUACAGUAUAUUUUCGACGUGGUGAACGUUUAUAUUUUACAUAUAUGGAAAAAUCAAAAUUUGUUGGUGAUACAAUGAGAUUUACAAUUAUUCGAGAAGGUAAAGAGUUGAAUAUAUUGAGUUCAUUAGAAUAUAUUGAACCACUUGUUCCCAAACAACUUCAUGAUAAACAUCCUGAAUAUUUGAUAUAUGGUGGUAUUGUGUUUACGGUUUUAAGUCAAAGUUAUUUACAAGAAUAUGGUGAAGAUGAUUGGUAUAGAAAAGCACCGACUAAUCUCGUUAAUUUAACAUAUUUUAGUUUAAAAGAACAAUCAGAUACACAAAUUGUUGUUCUUAAUCAAAUUCUAGUUGAUGACAUUGUCAACUAUGGGAUAUCGAAUGGAUCAUUUUCAAAUUGUAUUUUGGAAACAAUGAAUGAUGUUAAAAUACGUAGUAUUCGACAUUUAGCACAAGAAAUUGAUCGUUUAUCAAAUACUGAAAGUGGUAAUGAAUAUAUUCGAUUUGGAUUAGAUCAUAAUCAACUCAUUAUCAUUUCAUGUGAACGAGCAAAAAAAUCAGAAGCAAGAAUUUUGAAACAAAAUUCAAUAUCACAACCAAGAAGUGAACAUUUAAUGUCUGUGCGAUUAUCGUCUAAAGUAAUUUAA